AUGCCGCCCCGUAUCUCUCUGCGGGUGGCGCUCCCGCGCUUCUUAGCCCGAACAACCACAUCGCCUCUUUGUCUUCCCUCGACAGCCACCCGAAGCGUCCACAAUGGCUGGUCUACGGCACCUCCCCGAUCCAAGCACUGGCGCUACAACCAAAUCACAGCAGGCAUCCCCAAGCCCACCACGGGCCCGGCCGCUGCCCUCAAACGCCGAGAGCGCACCACACCCUUCCGCACUGGUGUUCUGGCCACCAAGAAGGGCAUGACGGCCAUCUUUGUCGGCAAGGAGCGCAUCCCCUGCACCGUCCUCCAGCUCGACCAAGUCCAAGUCGUCGCGAACCGGACACGAGAGAAAAACGGGUACUGGGCCGUACAGAUUGGACGCGGCAGCAAGGAGCCAAGAAAUGUCACGGCGCCGCAGUUGGGAUACUACGAGGCCAAGGGCAUCUCCCCCAAGGCGGAGCUCGCCGAGUUCUUUGUGAGGGACAAGGAUGGCCUGCUGCCCGUCGGCGCACAGAUCCACCCCGACUGGUUCCAGGUCGGACAGUACGUCGAUGUCAAGGGUCCCUCGCGAGGUCAGGGGUUCGCCGGUGGUAUGAAGCGUCACGGUUUCUCAGGACAGGAGGCAUCCCACGGUAACUCCAAGAAUCACCGUACCAUCGGUUCCACGGGUCCCUCCCAGGGCGGUGGUUCCCGUGUGCACCCUGGCAAGAAGAUGCCCGGGCGCAUGGGCAACGAGAACGUCACGGUGCAGAACCUCAAGGUGCUCGCGGUCGACAAUGAGCUCGGCACCGUGCUGGUCAGCGGGGCGGUCCCGGGCCCCAAGGGGAGGACGUUGAAACUGCAGGAUUCGAAGAAGAUGAAGGCGCCCGGUCUGCCGUUCAGGGAAGAUAUACUCAAGACGCUGGUGGAGAGGAAUAGUGGCGUGGAGGCCCAGCUCGAGAUGGCGCGGUCAGCGCAUCUGGAACUAAAGGCACUGAGGAGGGAUAUCUGA